UUUAGAGUCGGCGAAAAUUACGGAAAGGGUCCCGAACAAACGUUUUAGGUGGACGGCUUGAAAACUCCACUCAAACCGUACCAAGCCUACGCAGUAUAUUGGAUGCUAGUCCAUGAACAGACCACCGUGGGACCAAGAGGUGGCUUUCUCUGCGACGACAUACGUCUCUGUAUCAUUGCCGCCAACCUGUCCUAUCUUAUACGGCCGGAGAAUGACCAGUACAGCCUGACAGACAAGAAUAUUGAGGUCAAUGGUUGGCAUAAGAACUUCGACUCGUCGCCCUAUGGCCAACAUUUUGAAUCGAUCGUCCCCGACUCCGCAAAGCUCCACGAGGUUGCGAAGCUGAUCAACAAUGUUGGCAAAGACGCACUGGUCAUGAGCAAGUGGUUAUCUCGUCGAUAUGACGAGGAAAAUGUCCAUCCGGCCUUUAGUUCGACUCCAAACGACAAGCGAACUAAGUCCUAUGAGCCUUUUUCCUCCAAGGAUAAAGCUUUUGUCAAUAAGCCGCCAAAGAUCCUUUAUGUCUCGUCAAACAUCAUCAGCGAGGGUCUUACCAUCACCGGUGCAACAUGUUCAAUCUUGCUGGAACUUGUACCCAUGAACAAACAGUUUGAGCAGCUGGUGAAGCGUAUCCAUCGUUACGGCCAGGAUGUGGAAACCGAUGUGUACCAACUAUUGGCAGACACUCCAGUGGUGGAUAUUAUGAGAAGACGCAGACGUACCUUGCUCAUGACCAGUGCGCAAGCAGGAAAUUGACUGGCCACAAUUACCUUUCGUUCCCGACCUUUCGCGUUGUUGAUCAGAUAGGGAUAACAUAUUCUUUCCCCUUCGAAUCUUUCAACCAGGAUUAUCUGGAUUACCUAACGGUCCUCGGCCAUGCACUCUUUGGAAGUACACGCCAGUGUACAAACGUAUAGCCCGUUUGACCCUCCUGGAAGGAAGAUACGGAAUACGA